AUGGUUCGAGACCUGAAAAACUUGUACAAUACAGUCAACGAAUCGCUCGUAGCACUAAAGAACCUAGGAAUGGAGGUGGACGCAUGGGGUCCGAUUCUGACCCGAAUAAUAACAAGAAAAUGGGACAAAAGCACAAAUCACUUAAAUGAGUUGUCGCUUGACAAUCCGCAUAAACGGCAGGAGUUUGCUGAAAUUAUGAAGUUUAUGGACAAAAGAAUAAAAAGUUUAGAAAUCACUAGUGUCCAGGACAAUCAAAGAAUGACCGGGCAACAAAAUUACACAAAGAUUAAAGGGACACCAGGUCAUGACAAAAAGCCAUUUAACAAGACAAAGACUUGUGCAAUGUGCAACGGUAUAAAUCAUGCAAUUAUGAACUGUACAAUGUUUAAGAUGCUUGAUCUAAAUGCAAGAAUAAGAAUAGUAGAUGAACGAAGAAUAUGCCACUGUUGUCUAAGCCACGACUCAAGAAUACCGUGCCAAAGUACGAAAAAUUGUGAGAUCUGCAAUAAGAAACAUCACACUCUAUUACAUAGGUGGGGUGUCCAUUCGGAAACCACAAAGAAAGAAUCAAAUGUAGAUCAGAAAACAAGAAACAAAAGGAAUGUCAGGACCUAUAACAGCCAAGCGAGUAAAAGCGGACAGAUCUCAGCACUUCUGCCAACUGCAAUCAUACAGAUAAAGUCGUCAUCGGGCGAGCCACAACUGUUUAGAGCAUUGUGCGACCAAGGUUCAGAAGUAUCAUUCUGUACGGAGGAGGUAGCACAGAUCCUAGGUUAUCCGAAACACAAAAUAAGUGCCAAGAUUAGUGGCAUUGGCAACAGCAAGGCAAGGGAAGCGAGCAGUAUGAUUAUCGCGUCAAUAUCCCGAAGACGCCCAAAUGGAUACGAAAUGCAAGUUCCACUAAUCAUCCUACCGAAGCUGACAUCGGCGUUACCAAACAAAAACAUAAACGAAUUCGAAAUAAAAGAAAUAAGAGAAGAUUUGACAGAUCCAACUUAUAAUAGAAGAGGGAAGAUUGAUAUACUUUUAGGAGCAAGCGAGUAUGGGCAAAUGCUAUUACCAGGAUUAAAGAAGCUGGAAAAUGGGGCAAUCGCUCAAAAUACUCAGCUGGGAUGGAUUGUUUCAGGAAACAUUAAUAACAAUAUAGGUAAACCUAUCAGGCUUGUAAGCAUGGUAAGCAGACGAGAGGAAGAGAAUAGACUGCCAAAGUUUUGGGAAAUGGAAGAAGUGAAUUUGGUAGCAAAUAAUUUGAACGAAGACGAUAUACUCUGCGAAGAGUUCUAUACUAAAACUACGCGAAGAAAUAAGGACGGGUCAUACACAGUUCGAAUACCCUUUAAAAAAUUUACUUCAGGGACAGAAAUACAGCUGGGAGAGUCAAGAAAUAGAGCAGCAGCACGAUUAUUACAGCUAGAAAAAAGGUUCAAGAAAGAUGAAAAUCUACAUAGACAAUACGAUAACUUCAUGGAAGAAUAUUUAAAAUUGGAUCACAUGGAAAAGGUGCCCUGGGAGAAAAGUAGUUUGGGAAAGUAUUAUAUACCCCAUCAACCGGUAGUCAAAGAAGAUAGUCUGACGACCAAAUUAAGAGUUGUGUUCGACGCCUCAAGUAAAACAUCAUCUCAACAAAGUCUAAAUGAUAUGAUGUAUAAAGGACCAAGACUACAAGAAGAUCUACCGUCGAUAUUGCUACGGUGGCGAAAACAUAGGAUAUGUUUUAUGGCCGAUGUAGAAAAAAUGUAUAGGUGUAUAAAAAUUUCUGAUUGCGAUCAGGUUUAUCAACGGAUACUGUGGAGAUUUACGAAUGGCAGAAACACAAGUAAUAAGACAAGUAUCGAAGAAUAUCAAUUAACAACAGUCACAUACGGGACGUCAGCUGCACCAUACCUGGCAGUACGAACCCUACAACAAUUAGCAAAAGACGAAAGGAAAAAGUAUCCGGAAGCAAGCAGAGUAACCAUGGAGGAUUUCUAUGUAGAUGAUUGCUUGUCAGGAGAAGAUGAUGUUACAUCAGCAAAGAAGCUGCAAGAUCAGUUGAUUCGAAUGUUAAAGUCAGGCCAAUUUAAACUGCGGAAGUGGUCGUCAAACGCUGAGCCAUUAAUUACGGAGUUACCUCACGAAAAUCAGGAUAUGGAGCUACUGCAAUUACCACACGACGAAACAAGAAAGUCGCUCGGUGUACUAUGGGCACCAUGUUAUGAUCAUUUCACAUUCAAAAUAUCUGUAAAAGAAAAUGGUACCCCGACAAAGAGGUUUAUCCUAUCAGAAGUAUCCAAAAUAUUUGAUCCACUAGGCUGGCUGGGGCCAAUCAUCCUGAAGAUGAAGCUGUUAAUUCAACAAUUAUGGAUCAAGAAUAUUGGAUGGGACAGUCCGCUUGAUGAAUGCUACACAAACCAGUGGAUAGAGUUCCAAAAACAAAUAAAAAGUGUAGAAAACAUAAACGUACCACGAUGGAUGGGGUGCAUGAAGAAAACGAAAGUUGAACUACACGGAUUUUGCGAUGCGUCCGAGAAGGCAUAUGGGGCGGUAGUGUAUAGCAGAGUCAAAACCAUCAACGGUUACAUUGUAACAUUGCUACAAGCGAAAUCUAAGGUGGCUCCGAUAAAGCAAAAAAUAACAUUGCCAAGGUUGGAGCUCAACGCAGCCCUACUAUUAGCAAGACUUCUAAAGAAAAUAAGAGACACGCUGAGGUGCGAUCAAAUUGAUUUAAAUAUGUGGUCUGACUCAAUGAUUACACUGGGGUGGAUAAAGGGAAAUCCCGGUAAAUGGAAUAAAUUCGUUGGCAUACGCGUAUCAGAAAUACGCAAUUUGACAGUGCCAGAGAAGUGGAAUUACGUAAAAUCAUCAGAAAACCCAGCAGAUAUAAUUUCAAGAGGAAGUGAACCAAACGCGUUGCAGGAAAAUAAACUUUGGUGGGAAGGGCCGCUCUGGCUGAAAAAACAAAAUAUACCAAUGAAAAGGGUUAUCAUUGACACACACGAAGAGGAAAUACGGUCGUAUCACGCGAGUACCGAAGAAGAAAGUAACUUAUGGGAUAGGUUCUCGGAACUACAACGUAUGUUAAGAGUAUUAACUUACUUUCGGCGAGUGUUUAGCAAAAAUAAAUCGAAUAAAACAUUAAAAGUGGUGGAAAUACAGGAAACAUUACACAAAUUGUUAAAGAUUAUUCAGCGAAGAGAAUUCGAGACGGAAUAUAACGCGCUAUUAAAAGGAGGAACAGUGAGUAAAAAAGGUAGAAUAGCCGCUUUGGAUCCAUUCAUUGAUGAAGAAGGACUGAUACGAGUUGGAGGAAGAUUAAGUAAUUCAACGUUAACAUACAAUCAGAAACAUCCCAUAAUACUACCAUAUAAACAUCAUGUAACAGAUCUAUUAAUAAGAGAUGCGCACAAGGAAACACUACAUGGCGGGAAUCAGGCAACACUUUGCUAUAUAAGGAAUAAGUACUGGAUACUCGGGAUCAAACGAAGAAUCAAAACAGUAUUGAACAAAUGUGUAAAAUGCAUUCGCUAUAAGGGUGUAAAUACGCACCAAAAAAUGGGCCAAAUACCAACCGCACGAGUGACACCAUCACACCCAUUUAGUUCUUCAGGAGUGGACUAUGCAGGACCGAUUCAAGUGCGCACAACGAAGGGGCGAGGCCACAAAUCUUACAAAGGUUAUAUUGCGUUGUUCGUUUGUUUAGCAACAAAGGCAAUACACUUGGAAUUAGUAAGCGAUAUGACAACAUCAUCAUUCCUCGCGGCCUUCAGACGAUUUACAGCGAGAAGAGGACAUUGUUAUCACAUGUACAGUGAUAAUGGAACAUACUUUGUAAAAGCGGCAAGAACACUACAACACGAAGUACUUGAAAUAACACAGAAACCACACCUUCAGGAUAUAAUAACGAACAUCGGUACGCAAUGGCAUUUCAUACCAACGCAUUCACCUCAUUUUGGCGGUUUAUGGGAACGGGGAGUAAGAUCAAUGAAACAUCAUCUGAAAAGGACUAUUGGAGAAGCGACACUGACGUUCGAAGAACUCACCACACUCCUAUGUCAAAUAGAAUCAUGUCUGAAUUCAAGACCUCUAUGCAAAAUGGAUGAGAGUAUCGAGAGCAUGCAAGCUUUAACGCCGAGUCACUUCCUUAUUGGAAGAGAAGCAGUUGGUAUCCCGGACCCUAUAGAACAGUGUAUCAUUAGAGAACCUACGUUAAGAUGGAAAAUGAUACAAAAAAUAAAAAAGGAGUUUUGGAAAAGCUGGACAAGUGACUACUUAAAUCAGUUACAACAAAAAUACAAGUGGCGAAGUCAAGGACCGAACGUGAAACCAGGAGACAUAGUAUUAAUAAAAGAUGAAAGUAUAAGCCCGAGCAAGUGGCCAUUAGCAAAAGUAGUAGAAAGCCACCCCGGGAGUGAUAAAUUAACAAGAGUAAUCACUGUGCAAAGAUCAAAUGGCACAAAAAGCAAGCGGAGUAUACACAGCAUAGUUCCACUCGAAAUAAAUGAAAAUACCGACGCAGCAGGUUCCAAGGAAAGGGAACAAGCACAAUGCAACGCAACUUAUAAUAAGCGCAAAGAUAGAACAUACAAUAAAACAAACAACCCGCUUAAGUGGCUAAUGCUGGCAAGUACAAUAAUGUGCUUACUUACAAGUGUGUCCGGAAAUUAUACAUUGAAAAAAUUAGACGAAGGAUAUUACAUAGAAGAACUAGGGGACGUGCGUGUAGACCGAGGAGUAUUUCGAAUCGAUAUGACAUAUGCGAAGGAAGACUUAAACCACGAUUGGCAACACGUAGUCAACAUAAUGAAGGAAUUUGAAGACUUUUGUAAUGAAACUAAAAAAAAGACUACAUCAGAAACACAAUGUUUCAAACUAUUAUAUAUCAACACUUAG